CCUCCUACGAUGGCAGCUAAAUCCACUCGCCAGUCUAAAUCAAAAACCUCGUCUGAUUUCUUGCUUCCCGAGGAGAUCGCCGAUUUGUCGGCUCUUUUAGAGGACCAAGAAGCUGAGAACUACUACAAGCUCGCCGGCGCCAAGCCUAAGAAAUCUAAAUCCAAGUCCUCCAAGUCUUCCACGAAGGUAACUUCUGCUGCCAGCGUGGAUCAGUCCGCUUCUCACAGUGUAGAUGAUCUUAUCGCUCUGGAGACGCUUCGGAAAGAAAAUUUAGCAGCUGAGUUAAAACUCACUGAAGCUAAAUUGGAACUAGCCAAGCUGUCCACGAGUUCGUCCUCAGCCACGUCGCCACCGGUUUCGCCAGUGCAGUUGGAGAAGAUUAUUGCGCCUUCGUCCUCGCCAGUUUCUCCGGUAGAGCACUUUGCAACAUUAGAGCAACUACGUGCCAAGAAGAAGGCCAGCACUUCCCUUCCCAACUGUUAUCUUUUCUCAGCCAAAGGUACGGUCGAAUAUGACAAACUUGACCUCGCGGAAUUCGUCAGUGGCUUUCUCGAAUUUUGCAAGGAGCAACCAGAGUCCCGCCAGCAAUGUCUGUUUCGCCAUUUGCAGCUGCUUAUGGACCGAGCCAUUACAUAUUCCUGGUCCAGCGUUCGUAAUUUUCAUCUUUCAGUCCACAAUGCCGUUGAUCAGGGCCGCCUAGCCUGGAACGCUUCCGAUGCAAUUCGCGAGCGGGCUCAAACGUUUUUUACUCAUCAAGAUCUUAGAUCCAACACGGCAGCAACCUCCCGUUCAAACCCCUCUUCUCAAACCCGCACUCGUGCUAACGAAAGUUAUUGCCGCGACUGGAAUUAUUCCGGAAAGUGCAGCUGCAACCUGAGUGACGCGUCAUACAAGCUGGUUCAUCGUUGCCGUGUUUGCGACUCCACAGAUCAUGCGAUGCUCACUUGUGCAAAACGGAAAUAUCCAAUUCCUACUGUUCAGUCUUCAUCGUUUUCUUCGGCGACAGAGCAAACAUCUUGACUAUCAUCCUUGGUUCGUUUAUCCGACGAGGUUCGGGCGUGUGGCGCUCCCAAUGCCUUCGCCGCUAAACGCCCAGUUCAAUCCGGUUUUAACAUUGAUUAUUGGUUUCAAUAUCUUGAACAUUAUGAAGAUAGAAUCGUAGUUGAUUUCUUGCGUUAUGGCUGGCCUAUUAAUUGUCGCGCUCAUGUGUUACCACUUUCCACGCUCCGUAAUCAUCCUUCUGCCGCUACAAAUGGUAACUGUUUAACUUUGUACAUAGCAAAAGAACUGGACCAUCAGUCGGUGAUGGGGCCUUUUCACUGUAAUCCGUUUAAUUCCGAUUGUGUCGUUUCACCUCUUAUGUGCGUCCCCAAGCGUGACUCAGAUGAACUGCGCAUCGUCCACGACUUGAGCUUUCCAGAGGGUUUUUCCGUUA